AUGUCCCAAGAAAUCCAGUCCAAAUCAAUAUACCAUGGUCUUCCAAUAUUUCCCCGUGACAUUAAAGGCUUGACCGCAAUUGUCACGGGUAGCAAUGGCAUCUCAGGCACAUACCAGCUCAAAGUCCUUUGCGAAUCCCCUCGUCGGUGGAAAAAGAUCUAUGCAUUGUCUCGGCGGCCUCCGCAUGGCUCAUGGCCAGACCAUGUUGAACACGUAUCGGUUGAUCUUUUGCAGCCACCAGAACAGGUUGCAGCGCAGUUAGCGGAGAGAAACAUUCGCGCUGACUAUGUCUUUUUCUUCGCCUACAUCCAGCCAGUACCCGCGGACGGACGAGGCAUAUGGAGUGCGGAAGAUGAGUUGCGUAUCUUACUGCAGCUGGGCGCCAAAUACUAUGGCUUACACCACGGCCCUGGCAUUCCCCCACAAGAGGAAUCAGAUCCUCGGGUUCUAAUGGGAUCGAAUUUUUACUACCACCAGGAGGACUAUCUGCAAUCAUUCACAAAGAAGCAUCAGAUAGGCUGGAACACAACUAGACCCUCCCAUAUCGCCGGUGCAGUGCCCGAUGCUGCCAUGAAUCUAUGUUAUCCCUUGGCCAUCUAUGCCACAGUACAGAAGUACCUCAACAAGCCCCUUGAGUAUCCUGGGGACCUGGUCGCGUGGGAAACACAUACUACUAUUUCGUCCGCACAGGCCAAUGCGUACCUCGCCGAAUGGACCGUGCUAACUAAACAGGCCGAAAAUGAAAGCUUCAAUGCAUCUGACGACUGCCUAUUCACAUGGGCCAAGUUUUGGCCUCAGCUGGCCAAACGGUUUAAGAUGCCUUGGACAGGUCCCGAUACAAGCGACGACGCUCAGUAUCAGACCCUCACCUCCCCGGACCGACCUCCGCGUGGCUAUGGUCCUCCGGGGAAGUCGCGAUAUCGGUUUACCCUGGCUGAAUGGGCCAAAAAGCCCGAAAUCCAGAAGGCUUGGUCCGAAAUCGCCGAGAGGCAUGGUCUCCGGGAGAAAAAACUCCGAGAUAUCGACCGGGUGUUUGGCUUCACGGACUUGGCCAUUAUCUCAGGUCAGCCAAUUAUGCUAAGGUAG